AGGAGACCGGAUGCGGAUUUCGGGAGCCGUCAUGGCGGUCAUUGGGUACUGAAAGCGGAAAGGCUGGCUGUCGUUGGGCCAGGGAGGUCUGGCUGGUGAAUCGCUUUCCCUCGCUCGGGUGGCGCGAGAGAGCUUCCGACAGUCCCAGCUUUCUCCAGUCGGUCCCCGUCCAGAACCCCAGGACUACAGCACCAAUCGUCCUCCAUCCUAGUGGACCGAUGUGGCUGUGGAUGAUGGGAAAUGAGUCCAGUGUCUUCCGAAGGCUGAGAUUUCCCCCAGAUUUGGUCUGAGUUACCUGCAAACGAAAGCUCUAGCUUGGAACGAGGCCGCUUCCGACCUGCUCGCAAAUCCCUUUCUUUUUCGGUAUGAGCUUGGAUGUAAAAAACAACAACCGUGAAAGUGUGCGGUUCUGGAUGACUAUCGUAUUUCUCUGCUACCCAUCAAGCUGAAAAUGCAUUGAAUUCCCAAAGAAGGAGGGGGACAGGAGCACAGCCAUGGAUGAGGAGAGCUUGGAAGCAGCAAUUCGGUCGUAUAAUGCUCAGUUGCAGCAGGUAGACCUGGCUUUGGGAGCUGGCCUGGACCCAGCACAACAGUCUGAUCUAAUCCAGCUGCAGGCUGACUUAAAGCAGCUGAUAGAACUGACAGAGGCCAGCCUUGUCUCCAUGAAAAAAAGCAAGCUCUGUUCAGUUUUGGACUCUGAGGCACUUUCCACAUCUUUGUCUGCCCAUCCACCGCAAAGCAGUUGUGAAGCUGGCCGUCUGAGUGCUGAUGACGAAUACGCUGCUUUUAAGGAAGCCAUUGCAGAAAUUGGGGAUGAGGAUGGUCCAUUAAGAACUCACGAUGAGAGAGAAGGAAUGGGUGAUGAAGAGGAAGAACAGGAGGAGGAGGAAGAGGACGAAGAAGAAAUGGCCAGUGGGAUGAAAGUGAAAGCUCCCUACUACAGUUCCUGGGGAACCCUUGAGUACCACAAUGCCAUGAUUGUAGGGAGUGAGUGCUUGGAAGAUGGAAGUCCUGGAGUUAGAGUGUUGUACCUCUACCCAACUCACAAGUCCUUGAAACCAUGUCCCUUUUUCUUGGAUGACAAAUGUCGAUUUAAAGAGAAUUGCCGGUUUUCCCAUGGGCAGGUGGUAUCCAUAGAGGAGCUGCGUCCCUUCGAAGAGCCUGACCUUGCUUGCCUGGCAGUGGGGUCGGCCUGCCUGGCGAGACAUCAGGAUGGGAUCUGGUAUGCUGCUAAAAUCACAGACAUUGACAGCGGUUAUUACACGGUGAAGUUUGACUCGCUGCUCCUGAAGGAAGUGGUGGUGGAAGGGGAUGGCAUUAUCCCUCCGCUGCGUAGCGAGGAGAGCUCUUCUUCCUCAGAGUCAGAAGACGAUGGAUUGGAUAGCGCUGGGUACGCUAAAGUCAUUGACUGCAGCAUUCCGGGGAACGGGGAAGGAACAUCCACCUGCUGUUCCUCCUUUGGCAGCUGGGAAGCCCACACGCGCGGCAUCGGCUCUAAACUUCUGGCUCAGAUGGGUUACGAGCUUGGUAGAGGUCUGGGCAAGAAUGCGGAGGGCCGGGUGGAGCCGAUACUAGCCGUGGUGCUCCCGAAGGGGAAGUCGCUGGACCAGUGUGCCGAGAUCCUCCAGAAGAAGCGGGAGGGGAGGCUCGAUCUGCCCAAGCCCAGGAAACGAAGGGCGAGAGGAACCGGCCCCGCCCGGCUCCGACAGCAGAACCCGAGGCCCCGCAGCGUGUUCGAUUUUCUGAACGAGAAGCUUCAGGGCCAGGACGCCGAGAGGGAGCCGGGAGGGAGGCUGCCCCCACUGGAGAGGAGCAGCAAGGAGAUCUACCACGCCAGCAAGGCCACCAGGAAGGCCCUGAGCGUGCGCCUCUUGCAGACCACGGAACAAAUCGACCAGACCCAGAAGGACAUCCGGGGGAUUCGGGAGGCCUUGGCACGCAACGCCGGGCGGCACACCGUUGCCACAGCUAACCUGGAAGAGAAGCUCUCUGGGGCCCACAAGAAACUGGGCGAGCUGCAGGCUUUGGAGGCGAGUCUUCAGCAAGAGCAGAAGAAAGCCGAUACGCACAAAAAAAUGACCGAGUUCUAGGUUUCGCCCAUCAGAUUUGUGUGUGGAAGGAGAUUCCGGUCCAGGUUGGGCGGCAGAGGGCUGCUAGACCGAAACCUGUUCCUUUCUUCUGGAUUCCCUUCUCUCCAGUUGCACAAGUGGGCUGGGUAUGAAAUGGUGGCCCAGGAAUGUGGACCGCCUAGCAGUUUGCUUUCCUCUUUAUGCAGAAUGCCCAGAAAAUAUCCACAGCCAGGCCCAGAGCUGCAAAUAUUUAUCUGGUUUGGGAAGGUUUUCUGCUACAGUCCUGCCCGCGUCUUUGUUUCUUGCCUCCUCCAGGACCUCUAUGGCUGCUCGGUGGCUUCUCUUCUCCCCUCCCAGCAGAGACAAACACUACAGUGGAGAACAGAGAAAAAUAAAACAAGAAAAAUUCUG